AUAAAUAACACUGAUCCUUCUGCUGAUGACCUGCGUAAUAACAUCAUUACAGAGGCCAUUGUUUCAUCGUUAACAACCUUAGACAACAAAUUCAGUCUACCUUGUGCAGUUGAUUACGCGACACAGAAAGGAAAAACUGGGGAGGCGAUGGCAAAUGAAUUUGAAACUCACCUUAAAACAGUUCAGACAUGUGAAGCAUGCCAAAGGCGCACACCAGGCCAGCGGAAUAUUUUGAAAUUAGAGAACAUCAGAUGUGAAAGCUUUUGUAACGUUUGCUAUGAGAAAAAAGAUGUCUGGAAAGAAUGUCUGGAAAAAGGUCAUAUCAGCUAUGUACCAUCCUUAAGGUGUUGGGGUCAUUGCCUUGAUAAUGGCCUCAUUUGUACUACUUUCGAUUCUGCCUGACUGCCCCCAUGUAGGCAAAAGCCUGAAGGGAUCAUUUUCAAACUGGUGGCUAAAAUAUGGGGAUGAACGAUCUAACCUCGCCCAGCUGAGAACCUUGCAAAACAGAUCAGACAACACCACUAAAGAAAAGUUUCGAAAAUUGCUUCCGAAGAAUGACCAUGUCAAGAACAAGGAUAGACAAGACCCUUCUGCUGUUCUUGAACUAACCAAGCAAAGCGUGAUUGACGAACUGAGCCAAACUCGGUACGUCUGUCAA